AUGGCUGCAGAGGAUGAGGCCCCGUCGGCGGCCAUGGGCAAGGCGGAGAAGGCCCCCGUCAAGGUGAGCGAGGAGCGGUAUGGCGACCGGAUCCCGCACGAUAUGCUCGAGACGCUGGCUCCGAACGGCGAGGGCGACUUCAUCCUGGCCAAGAUCAACGCCAUGUCCGAGGAGGAGGCGCUGGCCAUUGUGCAGGAGUCGCUGCAGUUCCACUCGGACGACUGGAACUUCCCGUCGGACAUGCGGGAGCGGAUGCGGCGGCUGCUGCUGGGGCCCAAGACGUACGGCGAGCACUACGAGCGCGACCUGCGCAUCGACGCCGUCGUGAUGCGGUGGUCGUCGCCGUACCCCGGGGUCCGGGCCGUGGCGAGCCCCGUCGACGACGCCGACGGCCCGACGGAGACGGCCCGGGCGUACCUGCUCGGCAUCGGCUGGGCCGUCAUCGGGACCUUUAUGUCCACCUUUUUCAACAGCCGCUUCCCGGCCAUCGGCCUCAACGGGUCCGUCAUCCAGAUCCUGCUGUUCCCAUGCGCCAAGACGCUCGAGCGCGUGCUGCCCGACUGGGGCGUCAGCGUCGGCGGCACGCGCCACUCGCUCAACCCGGGCCCGUGGACGUUCAAGGAGCAGAUGUUUGCCACCAUCACGUACAACAUCGCCAUCUACACGACCAACAGCUACGGCAUGAUCCUGGUGCAAAAGUCGCCCGUCUACUACGGGCUCGGCUUCGUCACCUUUGGCUACCAGCUGAUGCUGACGCUCUUCGUGCAGCUCAUGGGCAUGGGCUUCGCCGGCUACCUGCGCCGCUUCAGCGUCUACCCGGUCAAGGCGCUGUGGCCGACCAUCCUGCCGACCAUUGCCAUGAACCGCGCGCUGACCAAGCCGGAGCGCCGCGAGAGCAUCAACGGCUGGACCGCGUCGCGCUACCGCUUCUUCUUCGUCGCCGCCGGCUCCAUGUUCGUCUACUACUGGCUGCCGGGCUUCCUCUUCACCGCGCUGUCGCAGUUCAACUGGAUGACGUGGAUCGACCCGCGCAGCCUCCCGCUGGCCAUCCUGACGGGCUCCGGGCUCGGCCUCGGCCUGCUCAACCCCGUCACCACGUUUGACUGGAAUGUGGCCACGUCGUCGUACGCGGCGCUGGCCCAGCCCUUCUUCAGCACCCUGACCAUGUACUGCGGCAGCGUCCUCGGCGGCUUCAUCAUCCUCGCCAUCUACUACGGCAACCAGUACAACACGGCCUACCUGCCCAUCAACUCGUCGGCCGCCUACGCAAACGACGGCAAGCCCUACGUGGUGCAGCGCGUCGUCACCGCCAACCGCCUCGACCGCGCCCGCUACCAGGCCUACUCGCCGCCCUUUUACACGGCCGGCUACGUGCUCACCGUCGGGGCCAACUUUGCCUUCUACCCCGUCUACUUCCUCUACAUCAUGGUCAACCAGUGGCGCACCAUGUCCAAGGCCUACGCCGACUUCUACCGCGGCCUGCGCCACGGCAAGGGCAACUACGAGGGCGCCAUGGACGUCCACAGCCGCCUCAUGGCGCGCUACCGCGAGGUGCCCGACUGGUGGUUCCUCGCCAUCCUGGCCGGCGCCGUCGUCGUCUCCGUCGUCUUCGUCCGCGUCUAUCCCGUCGACACGCCCGUCUGGCUCGUCUUCCUGCUGCUCGGCAUCAACGCCGUCUUCGCCGUGCCGCUGUCCUUUCUCUCGGCCACGACGGGCACCAACCUCGGCCUCGGCUCGCUCGUCCAGAUCAUGACGGGCUACCUGCUGCCCGACAACCCCAACGCCUUCCUGUUUGCCCAGACGCUGGGCUCGUGGGCGCUGGCCGGCUACGGCGACAACUACGUCCAGGACCAGAAGAUGGCCCACUACUGCAAGAUUGCGCCGCGCGCCGUCUUCCGCAGCCAGAUUGGCACCAUCGUCAUCACCUGCUUCGUCGCCGUCGCCACGCAGAACUUCAUCCUCGACCACGUCGAGGGCCUGUGCACCCCCGACCAGCCCAGCCGCUUCACCUGCGCCGGCGACGGAGCGCCGCUCUACGCCAGCUCCCUCAUGUGGGGGGUGCUGGGGUCGGACCGCAUGUUCGGCUCGCUCUACCCGCUCUUCAAGUGGUGCUUCCUCAUGGGCGCCGCCAUUGCCGUCGUCUUCCUGCUCGGCCAGGGCCUGGGGCCGCGAACCCUCUUUCGCCUCGUGGGCUCGCUGCUGUGGCUCAACCCGGUGCUGGUCAUCCAGGGCAUCCAGCACUGGGCGCCGUCGAACCUGGCGUACAAGACGCCCGGCAUGCUGCUCUCCUUUGUCUUCAUGUACUGGCUCCCGCGCCGGCGGCUGGCCUGGUGGACAAAGUACAACUACACCCUCUCGGCCGCCUUGACGGCCGGCCUGGCCGUCAGCGCCCUCGUCAUGUUCUUCGCCGUCGGCUACCACCCGGUCCGGCUGGACUGGUGGGGGAACCGGGUAAGCACCGCCGGGGUUGACGGAUCUGCCGUCGGCCUCUACCCAAUCCCUGAGCGAGGGUACUUUGGCCCAGAAAGGGGCACAUUUCCGUAG